AGUCGGCACACUUCGGCGAGACUACCACAAAGUUUCGGACACAGGGCGGACUCCGGACCAGUUGACGAGAACCGUUCCAAGAUGAUUCAACUCUUGGUUCUUUCCGCUGUCUUGGCAGUGGUCAACGCUGACGGUGCCUGCAAUGCUAUGAGCGGCACUUGUCUGGACUGGCGUUACUACAAGUGUACGGCUGGCUAUGAGGUAGGCUUGUGCAGCGGCGACUCGAACAGGAGGUGCUGCAAGCAAUGUACCUCCAGCUGCAUCUCGGACCAGGACUACUGGGACACCUACUCGGAUAGUGCCUGUAAGGAUGCAGGAGGGGAGUGUAAGGAUGACAGUAACUACUGUACCGGUAGCUACACCUCCGGCAUGUGCGGAGGGCCGUCCGACAGGAAGUGCUGUCUGCCACAAGGGAGUUCUGGCGGUACCAGCGGCGGCGACGGUAGUUGCACUGUCCGUUCCUACAGCAACAGCAACUUUGUGGGAGACCCCAUCCACGUGGAGGAUGGGUUCAGGGGGGCCAUGGACGACAUCAACCGUGCUGCCGGCCGCUGUGGCGUCAAGGUUUGGAUCACCCACUCGUGGCGUAAGCUGGGAGCUUUCAUUGGUGGAGCCAUCGUCCAACCAGCGUCCAACAGCAACCACCUGGUGGGCCAUGCCAUCGACAUGAACAUCCAACGCUCGGACGGCAGUCUCUGUAACGGAGACUGUCUGCAAGGACAAUGGGACAACGCCGCCAACUGCUUCCUGGAUGAGGUGAUCGCUGCAGGUCUGACCUGGGGCGGGGUGUUUAACGACCCUGUGCACAUCGAUGACCGGUACAACACCAACCUGAACCGGUACUACGCCCUGAGGGACGUCGUCCAGCCAGCCUGCGGACACGUCCCCAUGACGUAAUUAUCAGUCGACACACUGCGCCGCCUCUGGUGACGACAGGUGGCCAAAAGUCGUCCAAUAAAGACAGAUUGCUUGGUGAAAA